AUGGUCGUAAUUAACGGGGUCAAAUAUGCCUGUGAAACGUGUAUCAGGGGACAUAGGGCGGCGCAGUGUACUCACACUGAUGGUCCGCUGCAGAUGAUCAGACGCAAGGGAAGGCCAUCGACCACAUGUGGUCAUUGUAAAGAGCUGAGAAGAACCAAGAACUUCAACCCGUCGGGCGGGUGUAUGUGUGCGUCUGCACGACGGCCAGCUGUUGGCAGUAAAGAAGAUGAAACACGGUGUCGUUGUGAUGAAGGUGAGCCCUGCAAAUGUCAUACCAAGAGGAAAAGCAGCCGGAAGCAAAAGACAGGGUCAUGCCACAGCAGGACGAAUCAUGAGACAGCGAAUGCUAAUGGUCUCGGAGCUGCAGAUUUGGAGGCUUUUUUGGGGCUAAGUGGCAACUCCUCGUACGUAGACAUGACAACCACAUUGCCAAGUUUGAAAUCACCUCCACAAAGUGGUGACAUCAAGACCGAUAGCAUUAACGAUUUGGAUUUGCCUUCCCUCGAUACGCUUGAACAAAGCCCUGAUUUACCUCUGGAUCCAUUUAAUAUCGACGAAACAGAAGGCGCAAAUUCCACUACGGGCACCCCGCUAAACGAUAUUGAUAUUCCAUUUUCUAUCAAUGAGUUGAACGAGCUGUACAAACAAGUAUCACCGCAUAAUUCACAUCCAAAGUAA